GCUCGGGGUGGGGAUGGAACUCUGGGGUGGGGUUCAGCACCACUCCCCACAUAGCCUGCUUCUCCCCCGCCACCCCCGCUGCCGUGGGUCUGAGCCAACGAGCAAGGGAGGGCGGUGGCUGGGUCCGCAGCGAGGCAGCGCCGGUUCCUCCCGCGCCUAGCACUCCCGUCAUGUGGUUUCGUACCCCCUGGACUCAUUUCCAAAAAAGCAUUUCCUCCUGCUGUGGUUGGGUGUAAAAGCCUGUCUGGGGAGGGCUGGCGCUCACUCACCACGCAUCGCGUGCUGCUGAUGGCAGACAUGGGGUUCCGGGGCACCCUGCCCGGGCGCUGAGCUGCCCCGACACCCCACUGCACCUGCUGCCCCGCUCCCCUCACCGCCCCGGCAUGACCCAGCCGCAUCGGCCACAAGGAUGAAGCACUGCUGCCCUGGGGUGGCUUGGGUGACUUUGGCAGCACUGUGGCUAGCGGCCAGUGAAUCUCAGCCCCCAGGGUGGCGGGUCCCCGCCAUGCUGCGGAGGCAGCGGCUCCUGGUGCAGCCAGUCCUCCGCCUGCGGAGACAUCCCGUCAGAGACCGGUGUCCCACCGGCAUGAACUGGAUCGAGACUGCUCAGCACUGCUGCCCUCAGUGUCCUGCAGGUGAGCGCUGCCCGGGGUGUGUGGCAUGGCACAGCACACCAUGGCACAGCAGGUGCAUUGCUCCUGGUGGCCGUGCUCCCUGUCACCCUACUGUCCCUGCAGGGACAUACCUGUCCAAGCCCUGCACAAGCCCUGAGAACCGCAGCGUGUGCCUCGACUGUCCCACCGGCACCUUCCGCACCCAGCCCAACACCCUCAGGGAAUGCCAGGCCUGCUAUGAGUGUGACCGACAAGCUUUCCAGAGCGUGCUGAGCAACUGCUCGGCCACUAGCAACGUCGUCUGUGGCUGUGAGCCUGGCCGCUUCCGUGCCUGCCUCGACAAGCAGUGCAGUGAAUUCUCUUGCCAGAAAUGCCAGCCCUGCACUGGACGUCUCAUCCAGCGACCCUGCUCGGAGGAGCAGGACACACUUUGUGACAGCAACUGCAAGCCUGACUUCUACAGAGAGGGUGACGAGUGCCGGCCAUGCCACACGAACACCCUGGACACGUGUGGCAAAGAGUGCCAGCAAGUGUGUGGCAACAACAAUGACCAAGGCUCAGGUCUGGAGUACAUCCUGCUGGGACUCACCGGGCCUCUCUUCCUGGGUGCCCUUGCCAUCUACCACAAGAGGAAAAGGCUCUGGCAUGAUGCCCCGGCAGGUGGUCCCCUCCCCACAGCACAGGCCACCACCUCAGUGCCCAGGGCUGCAGCCACACCAUGGAGCCCGUUCUGGAGGACCCAGCCAUGGUCCCCACAGGGGACAGAGUGUGCCACUGGCACAGCAAAGCAGAGCCCCAAAGACCAGGCCUUGUUGUGUAAGCUGCCCCGUGAUGAAAGGGAGCUCUCUGCACCCCCAGAGCCCCGUGGCGCCCUGCUGCAGGGCAGCCAGCUCUACGCUGUCAUCGACGUGGUGCCAGUACGGCGUUGGAAGGAGUUCAUGCGGAUGCUGGAGCUGCGGGAGGCAGAGAUUGAGCUGGUAGAGCUGGAGGUGACCCACAUCCGUGACCAGCAGUACGAGAUGCUGAAGCGCUGGUGCCAGCAGACCAGUGCCACCCUGGACCACGUCUUUGCCGCCCUGGAGCGCAUGGAGCUGGCUGGCUGUGCCGAGGCACUACGCCAGAGUCUGCCCGUGGGACCCUGAUCCCCAGUGCCAGCAUCCUGGCACCGGGAGGUCUCAACACCUCCACAUCUCACUGGGCACCUCAUCCCAGCCAUACCCCUAAGUAUUGUUACUUAUGCCGUGUAGACAUUUUAUGUCAGUUUUAUGUCCUC